AAGUAAAUGAGCUUGCCGUACGGCAAGGUUAAUUCAUUCAUACCUUUAAAUGCAAUGUUUAGUUACAAAUGUUUUAUUAUAUAAAGUUUUGCAUCUGUACAAGCAAGACGGGUGAAGCGUUUUCCAUUCAAAGAAUAGCAAUCGUGACCCUGAAGAAAAGAAACUCAAAAUGGAAGAAAGUGAGACUUUAAGAGAGGAGCAAGGGAUGAGCUCUUUAGUUACAAUAGAUGAGCAUUAUUUUAACAAGGAAUUGGAAAAGGCAAAAGAAGAACUCAAAAAACAGAAGCGUGAAUGUAUCGUGGUAAUAGUGCAGAUCACAAUUGUAUUCCUGAUUAUUCGUCAUAACCCAGGAGAAUUAGAAAUAGUAAUUGAAGAACUGAUUUACUGGACGACGAAAGUAGCUAUCCUUGUGUUAUGGACAUGUGGUGAUGUAGAACUGAAUCCAGGACCAUUAGCAAGGUCUCAAAUAUUAAGAAAAUUUCGAAGAUUCACACAGACAAUGUUACUGGAAAUGAUAUACAAAAACAGUGGUCAAAGUAUGCCAAAACAUCGAUAUAGUAGUUCCCCACCUGGAUGGGAUACAUACAAACCAGAAAUAAAGUUUCAAAACAUAUCAAAUCAAACAGGUAAGGAGGAUGAAGUCUUCAAUAAGAUGAUAUGGCUCCUACAGAAUUGGUGUGCUGUACCACUAUCGUCCGAGUGGAGGGUCUUGCUAAAUAAUUACAACAAUCUGAAUGCAAAACUGGAAGAAGAAGAUAGCAAAAACGAGUUAGAGAGAUGGGUGAUCGAGAAUAAAAUGAGAAAAAUUUCUCAAGGAGAUUCCACGAGAAAGAGAAAAAGAUGUGCUGAAAAAAGCAGUACGGAUGCCGGUACCAAUGUUUUCACUGCCAAGGGGAAAGACUUAGUGGUUCUAAAUUCAUCUUAUGAAGACAAAAAUGCUUCUACAGAUUUGCUUCAAAAACAACACAUGAGUCCAUGUCCAGAAAACAUUGACAUAAGCUGCGAUAAGUUAGACGAUAAACAAUUGCAAAGAGAAAAUGAACUUGAUUUUCUUGAUUCUGAAACAUACGACGAACUUACAGUAGGUCUUUAUGAGCCUGAGUUACUUAUUAAAUAUCUGGAGAGGUAUCUUAAAGAUCUUGGGAAUAGUCAACCCUCAUCUAGAAUGGUGGAGUUGUGCAAGAAAAUACUGAAUAAAAAACAAUCAUAAAAACACCGACAUAUAUUCUUUUUAAUUGUUAACAUACUAUCUCGAGUGCUGGAAUUUAAUGUAACAUAAAUAUACUCAACUUGACUCACCUAAUAAAUAGAUCUAUAAGCAAAUAGGAACUAUGGCGCAGAAAGAACCCAAGUGAGGGUUGUGACCUUAUUGUAUCUUUUUG